UCCACGGCGGCGGGCAGCAGCAGCGCGGCUGGCGGCGAGGCGUCGUCGCUGCGGUCGUACCUGCUGUGCAUCCGACACACGCUGCACGCCGCGCUCUGCCUGCAGGAGUUUCCCUGUCAAGAUGUGGAGCGCUACUCCAAGCCAGAAGUCGAGUUCAGGACAAGUCCGGAGCUCCUUCUGAAUCCGGUGGUGAUUUGCCGCAACGAGUCGGAGAGGUGCCUCAUUGAGGGCUCCAUCAACUCAGUGCGAGUCAGCAUCAAGGUGAAGCAUGCGGACGAGAUGGAGAACCUGCUGGGGUCCAAGUACCUCUCCUUCCUCUCCAUGCGCGCUGAGUCCUUCCUCGUGCUGCGUCGCAAACCACUCCCGGGCUACGACCUGUCGUUCCUGAUAACAGCGGAGCACUGCCAGUCGCUGCACAAGCACCGCCUCGUCGACUUUGUAGUGCGCUUCCUGCAGGACAUGCACCGGGACAUGGCGGAGCUCAAGGAGGCCAUCAACGCCAGUGGCCGAGUCGUCGCAGCUGACUUCUUCAAGCAGUUCCUCUGA